AGAAUACUACAUUUUUGAUUGUGUAUCUCACUAGGACUGCAAUUAAUUUAACCAUAUUGAAAUAUCAUUUUAUCGUUAUUGCAAACAAAUCUGUGAGUUUAUUAUCCGGAUCAUAUAUAUAAUCGAAAUAAGGGACAAUCCGAGUUAUCUUCACUAUUGCUUAUGUAAAAAAUACGAUCAAAUUUAUCGGCUCAUCGGAUAUGCAUCAUAAAUAUAUCGUACAAAAUAAUUAUUCAUAUGAUACUGCCGUUCAGUAUCGCACCUCUCUUUGCUUUUUCACCUGUUCCUUUGUUCCCUUCUUGAUGAUUGGUCUUGGCACUUUAAGUGAAACGCCUGAUAGUGGUGUCUAUGGUGGUCGUGGAUAGCGUUGCUUUGACUAUUGGGCACGUCAAUAUUAUAAGUUUUCGCAGGCGAAUUAUUCAUCUAACAGGAAUAUCUGUAUGUAGGGAUUCGAUCUAUAGGCUACAAUCUGGAAUCGUCGUAUAAAAGUAGGCUUUUAGAGUGUCGUGGACUUGGCAGAACCAUUUCCUAAAGUAGUUUCUCACAUGUAAGUCCAUUUACUGGAGUUUGGUAGCACAGUCUGCGCUAGGUAGGAGUGCAUAUUGUAAACAAGGUAGGAGACACACCUUCAGUAUCUGUAACCUUUGGUAAGGUUUUAGGGGUGCAUCACCUAUUUUUAACAUCAUUGUCUCCAACGGAGGAGUAAAGUUGAUUUACACUGCACCAUCCUGCUUACAAGUUAGACCUGGACACUUGAAUGGGUCCUUAAGGAUCAGAAGCUUAAUGUGCUCAGUGCCCACCGUGUAAGUUACUGAAUGUAACUGAUUAGUCCCACAUGACAUAUAGUUCUUAUCAAGGAAUCCUUGAAUAUAACCCCAACAUGCGCUUUGAUAUUUUUCACUUGCUGGUGGCAUAAAAGGUGUUCUUAUGACUCAGGGGUUGGGUUCGAGUCCUAUCUGGAAUACCAUCAUUCACUGAAGUGCAUGGGCAUCCAGCUGAUGAGUUUCGAAUUAAAAGAAAUUCACGUCCUGAAUUCCACAGCUAGCCUGCACAAAGUGGAUAACAUUACAGUAAAACUUGAGACGAUUUUGUAGCGUUUGUUAAUAGAACUCAUUCACUGGAAAAAAACAAAAAUAAGUUUGCUUCAACAUUAUAAUCAACAAGCUAUACAAUGUUUCAGCAAGCAGCCUCUAAGUCUGGUGACUCACCCGGUGGUUGGUCAUGUUUAACUGGAUGUCGGGCAUUAGAUGCAGCAUUGAAAAAGCGUUCCGGUGAUUGUCCUGAACAAAUUGGAUUGGCGAUUCAUCGUAUACCGGAUUUGAUUUCUGUUCAACAAACUACUCAAUCAUUAUCUGGAAAAGAACGGUCCAGUUUUUCCGAAAAAAGUUUGCCCUUGGAUCAAAGUGGUAGUCAUCAGAAGUCUAAAACGCCAGACAAUUCUCGGUUUGCACACCAUAGUAGUAGUCUGAAUGAAUUGAGCAGCUGUCUAGUCGAUGCCGAGUGUCCACAAAAACAAGACAAAUGCUGUCAGUCAAAAUGUAAACCAGCUGUAUUGAAUAAAGCCAUCCUACCACCUAUUCCAACUGUACGAAUCUUAGAAGAAAAACAUCCGCCCUCGUUUUUUGUUUCUUGGGAUGAUGGGGAAAGCGUAGUCAAUAAUCUCAGCCUACCAGUGGUAUAUGUCCUGCAAGUCAAAUCCUAUUUUGGUCCAGAGUAUGACAAUCGUAUGUCAAGCCCAUGGAAACCUUGGUUAUGUCUACUUUAAAAGGUGCUCAGUUAAGUGAUCCAGCUGUUGGUUGGUGGUAUCAGUUUCAAGUUGCAGCAGUGAAUCAAUGGGGGUCACUUGGAUUCGACGUUCCAUCUCCUCCUGUUCAACUGUCAACGCCACAACCUAGUCCUCCAUCACCUCCAAGAGACUUAGCCGAUGAAAUGUUGACCGUGCAAGCUAACGGAAAAAUUAAAGUUCAGAUUCGUUGGAGCAGUCCUGCAACAAUCAUUUUACCAGUUACUGAAUAUAGAGUCUCUUGGGGUCCUGAUUUAGCGAAUAUAAGAAAUAACUAUGAGUUCACCGAAAAGCCUACUCAGUUUGUGCACACUGUCCCAUCUUCGCAGACGAGCUACCAACUGAUUAAUCUAUACCCUGGAGUACUUUAUCGAAUUCAGGUGAUCGCAAUGAGUGAAUGGGGUACAACACAGCUGAGAUCACAACCAAACACUUUGUUCAUUCACACUCCAUCUGUGGAUUCAGUUCAGGAAGAAGGAGACAUUGCCCUGAAUACCUAUCUUAAAAAUUUCGAAUCAAACAUACAGUACCAGAAAGGUGUUAGAUACCCGACUUUUUUCAGUGGAACGUCAUCGAAAGAAAAUCCUUAUCAUUUUUCAAGUGAGCAAGACGGAACAUUUGUCUGUAAUGGAACCAGCAAAAGUUUUGUUUUCAAAGGUCCACUGUCGCAUGAAUCACUGAGACCGUUGAACACAAAGACCACUGAGCUGUCAAUUAAAACGGAUGCAGCUAUUUUCGAUGGACGCGAUCUAAUGGCUGAACUUACAAUAUUCGAGAACGAAGUGUUCCGUGAUCAUAAGAUGGAAUCGGAUCAACAGAAAGUAAACUCCCGUCCAAUUCUUGUUCGAUGGACACCUCAAGUUUGCAUCGAGACUGUCAUUGUGACCGGAAACAAUUUGGAAGAAACAGCUUCGUUUCAGUCAGAAGCUUUGAUUGCUAAUAAUCUUGAUCAGUUCUCCAAGCAUUCACACGUGCCCACAGAAAAAGACAGCGGACGUAAGGGAUCACUUAAAUCGAAUGAAAAAUAUAUUUUAUUAAAUCCACUAAAAAAAGGGAGCGAAGGCCAGUCUGGUAGUUCAAAGCAAAUGCUAUCUGUACUGAGGUACGCUACAUUACAGCUAACAAAUCUAUAUUUCAAUUGUCGUUACCUAAUUGAACUGUUAGCUGAGAAUCGAGAUUCAUCACAACAAUCUGAUACAGAAUUUCCAUCUGAUUACUCACCGCAGUACAAUGUCGAACUGUCAGCAUGGUUGUGUACCCCAACCUGUUCUGCUGUAAAGCUAGCCUCAUGGAUCAAGAAACCGAAUUGUCCAGGGGCCACACAAGUUUUAGAUAUUAUAACGGAACCGAAAAAUGUAUCUUACAAACAGAUUUCUGUCGUACCGACAAUAAGUUACAAUAUAUCAUGGAAAUCAGGAGUCUUGAAACCAAGAUAUGAUGGUCCUGUUUAUCCUACCACUAAAGAAGAUUACAGCGGCAAGUCGAAUAAAAUCCUUUUUCCUGUGCAUCACAGAAUCAUAUGGGGCCCCAGUAGGGAUACUGGAAUGAAAUCAGUUGUUUGGAAGUCAUGGCCAAAUCUUCGCCCACGAAUAGACCAGUCUAGAGCAGAGACAAAAGUUUUACGAAAUAGUGAAACGUUCAUCGUUCUGGACAAUCUUCUGCCAAGCACAUUGUAUGUUGUCAGUCUACAAGCUAUGACUGGGCAGCAUUACAUAACUAAUGCCGAAGAUAUUCCUUCACUCUCUAGAAACUUCAUGAAACCAAGUAUAGUGGCUUCCCAGACUAUAGCUUAUAACACUUUACAGUCAAAUAAGCCAUCAACAAAUAUUAUGGUACCAGUAAGGAAGUUCACCUUGUAUUCGAAACCCCCUCAAAUGUAAAUACGUUCAGUCAUUUAUCGCAAGAAUUUACCAGGUCAUCAAUAAAUGGAGCAUCAAAAUUACAACUAACAAUGAAAGAGCGAAUCUGCCGUAUGUUGUGGUUGUCAUUAGUCGCAAUCCGAAUGAAUUGUGCAUUGCACGAAUUUUCAUAGAUGAUGAUAUGUAAAAACACAAUUAAUAUUGAUUUCUAUUUCACUUUUUAUUAAUUUUGUGAAUCUCAACCUCACUCUCUUCAGUAAUACAUUUUUGUGAGUUUUGUUUAGUCACACUGAUAUACUAUCCACUUUUCAACUGUCUCAACUACCUUACUCAAUAAUGACCUCAGUCGCUACACUUUUAAUCUAAACAUUUGUUAAGAUGUAUCAUAGUGAAUUAAAUUUCCUUCUGUUGCCGCCUGUCUACAUUAACUGUUAUAUUUUUCAGAAAUUACCUCGAGUUAGAAACAUGUACAAACUCUUAUUCGAAUAAAAUUUGAGUGAAAUGUAUUAAAGAACACUGAAAUAUCAUGUGUGAUAGUUUUUUGUCGUAUUAUCGUUUUUUAGAACAUAAUGUGUCACAAAUCUUAACUUCAACAAUCAGUUCUGUUUAUCUUCUGUCUUCACUGUCUAACAAUAACUUCUGUCUUUGUGUGUACAUAUAUUCUUCAGUUUCUUUUCACUUCUAACUUUUUUCAUUUCUUGGUAAUAAAAUCUGUGAUACUGCCUUUAUUAUAUACCCACUGAAUCUUCAGUAAGGGAAGUUUUUCAUUUUUUGCAACCUGUAUAAAUUUCAAAGUGUAACCUCAAAUGUCUAGAAUAUUCGAUCUGAAAAUCAUUUGAAAUAAAUUUUUUAUACUGUU